AAUUUCAACACAGCUAACCCAAGUGCCACUCAGUGCGCAUUACCCAACCGCCCAUGGCUUGGCUUAGUCACUCCCCAGAUCAGAAUAAAUGAAACAAAAUAACCUGUAAGAUUAGAAACUGCCUCACCCUUUCGAGCAGCGCAGGCCUGGAUCUGAGAUUUUAGGGGUUAUUCCUGGUAUAUCAACUUCCUGCUUGUCACCACACCUACUGACACUGCUUGAGUCUGCAGCGUGCCGGUGAUAUGAACGAGAGCAAGCGCCGGGGAAAGAAAUUGUAAAGCCCUGGCCUGCGACACACUUCUCUCUGUUUGAAUGAGGCUGUUGUAUGGCGACUGACUGACUUACUCCAUAUGCUGAAGCUGUAUUUCUUCUUCAUCUCUUUGGUGGGGGGGGUGAGGGCAGGCGCGGAAGAAGCAUGCCCGGCAUUUACAGGUCUGGGCAUAAGCAGCGCUUUGAUUGGCACAGACUUGAGAGUGAAGCUAAUGCUGUACACAAGACAAAACCAGGACUGCGCUGAAACGCUCACGUCAACCGGCUCCAAGUAUCUGAACGUGACCAAGAAAACCAUCCUCAUCGUGCAUGGCUACCGACCCACAGGCUCUCCCCCCGUCUGGAUACAAGAAACAGUGCAGCUCUUGCUCUCUGCAGAAGACAUCAACAUCAUCAUUGUGGACUGGAACCGCGGGGCUACCACUCUGCUCUAUCACAGGGCUUCUAGCAACACUAAGAAAGUGGCUGAAUUCUUGAAGACAGUUAUAGACCAGAUGGUGGCCGACGGAGCAUCGCUCGACUCUGUUUAUAUGAUAGGAAUUAGUCUUGGAGCGCAUAUCGCUGGGUUUGUGGGACAGAUGUAUGAUGGCAAACUUGGGAGAAUCACAGGUCUUGACCCCGCAGGUCCCUUAUUUAACGGGAAGCCCCUGGAGGAAAGGCUAGACCCUACUGAUGCCCAGUUUGUGGACGUCAUUCAUUCUGAUAUUGACGCACUAGGCUACAGAGAAGCUUUAGGACACAUAGACUUCUAUGCCAAUGGGGGAACCGACCAGCCAGGCUGUCCGCAAACGAUAUUUUCUGGAUCGCAGUAUUUUAAAUGCGACCAUCAGAGGUCUGUUUUCCUGUACCUGGCAUCCUUGAGAAAGAGCUGCAACAUCACCGCGUACCCCUGUGAUACAUACCGCGAUUACAGGAAUGGCAAGUGCGCCAGCUGCGAGGCUUUCCAGCCCAUGCCAUGCCCUGUCCUGGGUUACUAUGCUGAUAAAUGGAAAAGCUAUUUAACGCUAAAGAAUCCCCCCGUGACUAAAGUGUUUUUUGAUACAUCGGAGGAAAAACCAUUCUGCCUUUAUCAUUACUUUGUGGAUAUUAUUACCUGGAACAAAGAUAUUAGAAGAGGCUUCCUCAUAAUUAAACUCACAGAUCAAGCUGGAAACACUGCCCAGUCCACAGUCAAUCACGAAGUUGCAACUUUCCAACCGUACAGCCAAGCUAGUUUGUUAGCUGGAUUUGACCAGGAUUUUGAAAAUAUUGCAAGAAUUUCCUUGGCAUUUUCCACGGGGAAUGUAGUAGGCCCAAAGCACAAACUCAGGAUCCUCCAAAUGAAGUUACGGUCAAUUACAAAUCCAGAAAGACCACAGCUGUGCAGGUAUGACCUUGUAUUGCUGGAAAACACUGAAACCACCUUCAAACCUGUUCCAUGUCAAAACAUAGGAUGACCCAGCUGUAUGCCUCUUAUCCCGACAAUGGCACGUUUCACAGAUUGUGUAGAAAUAAGGGACUUAUGGUCCAGUGUCUUCACCUUUUGUCACCCAUGGCAGUCAAACGACAGUGCAAUUCCCCAUGCUCCCCAGGUGUGCUGCUGCCUAUGCAGCGACUCUCAUGUGCAAUUAGGGUGGUGUAGUAUUAAAAAAAAUGUUUUACACUCACAGUACCUUCCAUUCAAGGAGCUCAAAGUGCCUCCCAAAUGUACUCUAUUGUACAGCAAGGACAUUGCAGGAGAUCACUGCUUUCAGCUUAUAAACUAGCCACCUCCAUUUUGACUAGGAAAUGACUGGCUAUAAAACAAUGAUUUGAAAUUAUUUAUUUUUUAAACAAAGAUGUAUUUUUAUGGCCAAUAAAGCUUUGCCCCAGGCCAACUGAGCACAGUGGUGAUGUUAUUUUCAGACAGUACUUUUGGCUUAUUAAUUUCUUAUAAGUGUUAUGGUAUUUUAUGAUUAAAUUACCAUUCUGAGUAGCUAUCAGAAUGGGACUUCUCCUUCCACUAAAAGCUAUGAUUUGCUGCAUAUGAACACCUAAUAAAAGUUAAAGCUAAAUAGCUGGCAUUAUAUGUAGUAAUUGUCACUUUCGGUCUGAUAGAAGCAACUUAGAACGAAGUGAAACAUUCCAUUUUACAUAAAACAAGUUUUCAAGUUUGUGGUUUUGAUUGUUAGGAUUUUAUACCAAUUUGCUGGGAAAAAAAAAAGUUUAUUUAAAACAGUGAUAUCAAGCAAGGAAUCUUAAAAUCAACAGUGGGAAAAACUCUGCUGCCGAAGGACAACUUUACCACAAACACACGGUGAGCAAUAUUUUAGAAAAAGGCCAGAUACAAAUGCUGUAGCUAAUAACUUAAGUCAAAUUUCUGACCACAAGGACCUGUCAAAUUCAAAUCCUAGCUUGAAACCCUUGAGCCACUUCAAAGACACAGCCUGGGGGAAUUUUUAAAAUAACAAAUCUACCUUUUUUUUAAAAACUUGUCUCUCUCUAAAAAAGUGUUAAUUUAAUUUUCACCAACGCGCUGAAUAAAAAUUCAGCCAGAGGCCAGUACCCAGCUAUGGUGAGGCAUGCUCUUAAGGGCUCAAGUGCCUCCUCAUGGCCCAUCUGGAGAUUACCUUGCCACGUGGUCUGACACCUGUUCCUGCAAUUGCUCAGCCCCUCAUCCUACUCACUCACUCCUUAUCCUGCCACAUGCUCCCGGAGCUGAAGCACUUUCCUCUUAGCAGCUUAGUUCUCUGGCUAAGUCACAUCGAAGCUCCCCCUCUUCCACAGUAUUAUCCAAGCCUCCUUCCAAAUUGCUCCUGGCCAUCUUCAGAUGGGCUGCCCCGCACAAGCCACUGCUGCAGUGGUUAGUAGGGGAACUCAGGCUCACCCUCUUCGCCAGGUUCUGGUCCAAGGAUCCUUGACCCAGCAGCUCAAAUCUUUCCUCUCCCCACCCUACACUGCCUAUCAUAGGCACCUACUCUGCCCCCUCGUAGCAGGAUGUGCGACUGCAAGCUCUCUAAUUGCAAGCCCUUCUCCUUCCAUUGCCAACUUACAGCUUUAUACAAGCCCCACUUGUUUCAUCCCCAGCUAAGCCUCGCUGAGUACAUGUAUGUUGGCCCCAGCAGGCCUAUGCCAGCCCAUUCAAGCUGGCGGGAUUCAGGCUGCGGGAUUGAUUAGCACUGUUGGGUAGACCUCUGGGCUUGGGCUGGAACCUGGGAGAAAAUUGGGAGCCUGCAGCAGCCAGGUGGCACAGGCUGGCCAUAGGUUUUUCUUUGCUGAGUAGACAUAGCCAUUGGAUCCUUGCUCCCCUCCUGGUGCAGCCUAUGGCUAACUGGCCUCUCCUGCCUAUCAUAACCCUUCCAGGGCUAGUGGGGCAAACACCCCAUCACACCAGUGUGCAGUGUUUCCUCUAAUUAUUACCACCCCUUAUGCGCACCAAUGUGGACUGGAAGGGAUGUGCAUCCUAUCACCUUCAUUCAUGUGGCGGGCGUGGGCUGAGGGACUGUGAGUGCAGGAGGGCUCAGGGCUGGGGCAGAGGUGCAGGAGUGAGAGCGCUCUGGCUAGGGGUGAGGGCUCUAGAGUGGGGUUGAGAAGCCAGGCCUUCAGCUGGGCAUGCAAACUCUGGGGGUGGAGCUGGGGAUGAGGGGUCUGGAGCGCAGGAGGGGGCUCCAGCUUUGAGGAAGUGCUCUGGGCUGGGGUUGGUGUGCAGGAGGGGAUACAGGCUCUGAGCUGUGAGUUGAAGUGCAGGCUCUGGGCUGGGCUGGAAGAGGGGGUACAGGCUCUGGGCUGGCAGUGUGGGCUUUGGGGUGUAGAAGAGUGCUCAAGGUGCGGUAGGGGGUUGGAGCUCAGCUUACCUGGGCUGCUCCUUGGGCUUUCCCCGGCACUGACCCCAGUGCAACCCUACACAGGGCUUAACAGCCGCAGAGCUAUGCAGCUUGGGGGAAACUCAGCCAAUAUGAAAUAUUUCAGCCAGUAACUGUUAUAAGCAAUUGAUAAUAAUGGGUUAUAAUGGAAAAUGCUAGACGACCUCGAUACAGAAGUCACUAGCCACAUAUCCUAUAACACGGCCGCACACACCUACCUACCUUUUAUAUGACAGUUUUAUUGGCAUUUGUGUGGGAGCCCUGUAUGACUCAUGCCAAUAAAACCUUCAUUCAGCACCACAUCAUCAUGUACUUUGCCCAAGACACCUACUGUACAGUCACACUAUUGUAAAGGUGUUUUAAAUACUUCCGGGGAAUUAUUUUUAGGUAUUCUGUCCUGUAAAGCCAGACUUCCUUAGCAGCGUGAAUCCAAAUGCUAGAGGCUUCCGUAGGAGAGAAAAUCAUAAGUGAUACAGCUGUAGAAACAUCUACAAUGGCAUAAAACAUCUUUCCAUCUAUAGAAAUAUAAUGGGAACAACCAGCAUUGCAAGGUUUGUCGGGAGAGAUGCAAGUGUGUGUGCCACUGGGAAGCUAAGACUAAAGCCCCCUUUACUAAAGAUAAACUUAGAAAAAAAACAAAUAGUCUGGUAGCACUUUAUACUCAUACUCAUAGACUCAUAGACUUUAAGGUCAGAAGGGACCAUUAUGAUCAUCUAGUAUGAC